AUGUUUGACGAGCCACACACCAAGCGCAAGGUGCAGAUUCUCAAAGAUCACCCGGAAAUCCAGGAGCUCUACGGCUAUGACACUAACACCGUAUGGAUUACGCUGGCCACUGUGUGUGUGCAGAUGACCUUGGCAUACAUUUUCGGGCGCAUUCUGACAGAUUGGAACUGGACCAUGGUCAUUGUGGCCUACACCGUUGGAGGCUCCUUUUCGACUCAAAUUGGAAUUAUCUUCCAUGAGUUUACACACAAUCUUUGCGCGGCCACAACGCUGCAGAACCGCUGGGUAGGGAAUGUUGCCAACAUUCCGCUUCUGGUUCCCCUGGCCCAGUCGUUCCGCAGAUACCAUCUGGAGCACCACACCUAUCAGGGUGUUUACGGCUACGAUCCCGAUCUGCCCCUGGAAUGGGAGCUGCGUCUUAUCGGUAACGACCCCAUCAAGAAGUUCUUGUGGCUGAUAAUCUACGGCGUCAUGUACAUUGGCCGCGGCUUGGCUCAGCAGAAGCAGCUGUCGCGCUGGGAGCUGUACAACUGGGCGUGGUCCGUUGCCUGCGACGUUGCUAUUUACAAGUUCUGUGGUCUGCGCGGCAUCAUUUACCUCGUCAUCUCCGUUCUCCUUGGCUUUGGCCUCCACCCGGGUGCUGCGCACUUUAUCCAGGAGCACUAUACGUUCCGUGACGGACAAGAGACCUACUCGUACUACGGCAGCGGCAACUACUUCUGGCUCAACAUCGGCUACCACAACGAGCACCACGAUUUUCCGCUGGUGCCAUGGACCAAGCUGCCUGACGUCAAGCGCAUUGCGCCUGAGUACUAUGAUGGCCUGGCUUAUCACACUUCGUGGUGCGCUGUGCUGUACAUGUUCAUCACAUCAUCGCUGUUGGCGCCACAGUCUCGCGUUGUGCGCACGCUGGAUGCCCACCGGUACGCUCGCAAGAACCUGAAGGUGCCGACCACCGAGCAGAUCAAGGAGCUGGAGCCCACGAAGGCCGAGUUUGUCACCAGGUUGAAGCUAGCCGCCGACAUGGCGAUGGAGAAGUCCCGGGCGCGCAAGAUCGCCAGGAUCGAAUAG